AAUGGUUUCCGUCAUCUGUCUGUGGUCAAAAUUCAAAAACUUACAUGUCAUUUUCGCCUUUUUCAAACUAAAAAUAAUUAUUAUAAUUAAUAUCAAUAGAUUAUUACAAAUGCCUCAUUAUCCUUAAGUAUAUAUGAAGUGUAAUGUAUCAAGUAGUUUGGUAUGGAAUUUUGUGCACCCUUUUUAUUCUUAUAACCUCUUCAUAUUCGAGGCAUGAUAGAUUUUUUUCUGAUGGAAUAUCAACCGCUGAGAUUAUAGCAGGAGAUGUAUUCUUUGAAAUAACAGAUCCUGUUGAAUUAGAAUAUACCUAUAGAGUGAGACCUGCAAAAGAUUUUGGUGCUCCAUUUAAUGAGUCUUUUAUUCUGAAAAAUGCUGCCUUAGUACCAGUGAGUCCCAGAUAUGCCUGUCAAAAUAUAAACAACCAAAAUGAUGUAGAAGGAAAUGUUGCUUUUAUUGAGAGGGGGGAAUGUUCGUUCAAGAGGAAGACAUUGAUGGCGGAAAAAGCAGGAGCUAAAGCAGUUAUAAUAACAGACAUCAACAAUGCCAAUGAAGAAUUCUUCAUAGAAAUGAUAGAUGAUGAUGGUGAAGAAGACGCUAAUAUCCCUGCUGCAUUUUUGAUGGGAAAGAAUGGCCUUAUGAUAACAAAAACCUUAGAGAGGUUACAAAAGCAAUAUGCAAUAAUAAACUUACCAGUGAAUUUGACUUUUACACCUAUUCACAAAAUGAACCAUCCUCCCUGGCUUGGCUGGUGAAAUGAAUUUGUUGUUUGUUAAUUUAUUGAUUUGUAAUCUUCUUUCCUGUUAAGGUUUACAAAUAACUACUACAAAGUUAACAACAAAAA